GCGCCUCAUGAGCCCCCCCUCGCCGUGGACACCUAAACAUGGUGGCGCACAGCGAGCUCGACCAGGUCCCACGACAAAAACUAUUAAACCAACAGGGAUAUUCAUCAUGUAGCAAAGAAAAUGCAGCGACGAACGACAUCCAAGAGCCAGAGGAAAAGAUCUGCCACCAGAAUGGCUCCAUUGCAUCCAUAUCCACAAAGCUCGCCACUUCUGCCUCUGGGGAGAGCCUGCCGCCAGCGAAGAAGAUCUUCCACAAGAAGGAAGAAGACUGCUCCCUCUUUGUGGCAUUCUUCACCUUCCUCUCGUAUGGCGUUUUGCUCCUCGUGGGAUACGUGAAGGAGUUCUUUAACCCUCCCUCAACCAAAGAGAAGAACAGAGAGGACAUCGAGGAGUGUCCAACCAUCACGAACUUCACCAUCUAUCUGUCCUAUGGAGUGCUGUUCCUGGUGGGCUACGUCAAGGAAUUCUUCUAUCCACCAUCAACCAAAGAAACAAAUCGAGAGGGCUAUGUACCCCUUUACAUUGGGUUUGAGAGCUUCUACACUCGAAAUGUGUAUCGUAGAAUUCAAGACUGCUGGAACCGUACCAUCUGCAGCGUUCCUGGAGCCAUUAUAGAUCUUAUGGAGCGAACUACACCUGAUUAUGGCUGGACGAUGAAAUUGACAGGCAAAAUCAUUAAAUGUAUAAAUGUGGGCUCAUAUAACUACUUAGGAUUUGCAGAAAAUGUAGGCCCUUGUCAUGAUGCUGCAGAAGAAACAACAAAAACCUUAGGUGUCACCACGUGCAGUCCUCGUCUUGAACUUGGAAGCAUGGAAAUCCACCAGAAGCUUGAAUCCCUGGUCGCUGAAUUUUUAGGUGUCGAUGAUGCCAUCACCUUUGGGAUGGGUUUUGCCACCAAUGUACUCAACCUGCCUUCCCUCCUUGGCCCAGGCUGCCUUGUCUUUUCCGAUGAAUUUAAUCACGCGUCGCUCAUCCUGGGACUUCGGCUCUCAGGGGCAACUGUGAAAGUUUUCCGCCACAACGACGCGCAAGACCUUGAGAAGAAGCUUCGCGAGGCAAUAAUCUAUGGGCACCCUAGAACCCGGCGGCCUUGGAAGAAAGCAAUGAUUGUCGUGGAGGGUAUUUACUCCAUGGAAGGCUCUAUCUGUGAUCUCCCUAAUUUUAUCAGAAUAAAAAAGAAGUACAAGACUUACCUCUAUGUCGAUGAAGCUCACAGCAUCGGUGCCUUAGGUCCUCACGGUGGUGGUGUCGUAGAUUAUUUCGGUGUUGACCCCAAGGAUGUUGAUAUUCACAUGGGAACAUUCACGAAGAGCUUUGGUGCUGCUGGAGGGUACAUUGCUGGAUCAAAGGAUCUGAUCAAUCACUUGAGAGUCACUAGUCAUGCGCAGAUCUAUGCAGCCUCCAUGUCUCCUCCAGUUGCAGAGCAGAUUAUCACAUCCAUGGCUACCAUCAUGGGCAAACAAGGAGAUGGCGAAGGUCGCAGGCGCAUCCAACAACUGUCUCGCAAUGUCAAGUAUUUCCGCCAGCGGCUGAGACAGAUGGGUUUCAUUGUUUAUGGCCAUGAUGAUUCUCCCGUCGUACCAAUGCUAUUGUACCUGAUCCCCAAAAUUGCGUAAGUAAAGGUGGCCAAUGAAAU